UUCAGUGAGUAUUUCGGUGCCAUCUACAGAAGCACUUCCGACAACAACGUCUUUCUGGAUCAGAGUCAGGUGAAGGCAGAUGGAUUUAAGAAACUGUUGGAGUUUAUAUACACAGGAACUUUAAACCUUGACAGAUUUUGAAUAUUUGAAUGGCCCGUCAAGAUAAUACCAACUGGCAUCACACAAGCAGUAGAACGUUCCUCUAACGCGCGUCGAAACAUGACCCACGGCACAUCUGGAAGAACGUUUUUCCUCGAUGCCGCUAAUCAGAACUUGGCUGCGAUCCCACCGGAGAUCUUAGAAUUAAGAGAAUUAGAAGAGGUGCACCUGGAAAAUAACGACAUCGAGGAGAUCCCCCAGGAGAUCCAGUACCUGGAGAACAUCAAAGUCCUCUACCUGAACAACAACAGGCUGAGCAAGCUGUGCCCGCAGCUGGGAAGGCUGAGCCGCCUGGAGGGCCUGGACCUGAGCGACAACCCCAUCCUCCCCUCCUGGAUCCCGGUCCUCAGCAGCAUCCGCUCCCUGCGCCAGCUCCGCCUCUACCGCACCCAGGUCCGGGAGAUCCCCACCGACAUCUGCAAGCACCUCCACCACCUCGAGCUGCUCGGCCUGUCGGGAAACCGCCUCAAGUCUCUGCCCAAGGAAAUCGUGAACCAGACCAAACUGCGGGAGCUCUACCUGAAGCAAAACCAAUUUGAGGUUUUCCCGCCGGAGCUCUGCGUCCUCCGCAACCUGGUGAUCAUUGACCUGGAUGAGAACAGGCUGACGGCGCUCCCGGAGGAGAUCGGCAGGCUGGCCCGGCUGCAGAAGUUCUACGUGGCUCGCAACAGCCUGCAGGGGCUGCCCGAGUCCCUGUGCCAGUGCGACAAGCUGUCGGUGCUGGAUCUCUCCUACAACCGCCUCCACUCCCUCCCGCGCACCCUGGGGAGCCUCUCGGAGAUGACGGAGGUGGCGCUGAGCGGGAACCCGCUGGAGAAGGUGCCGCGCCUGGUCUGCAAGUGGACCGCGCUGCAGCUGCUCUACCUGUGCAACGCCGGCCUGCGCUCGCUGCGCCGCUCCUUCCGGCGCCUGGUCAACCUGCGCUUCCUGGACCUCAGUCAGAACCAAAUGCAAGGCUUCCCCUUGCAGAUCUGCUCGCUGAGGAACCUGGAGAUCCUGGCGCUGGAUGAUAAUAAGAUAGGGAAGUUAUCUUCAGACUUCGGUGCACUUUCAAAACUGAAGAUACUUGGACUAAGUGGGAAUCAGUUCAUUUCAUUUCCAGAAGAAAUCUUUUCUUUAGAGUCCUUAGAGAAAUUAUACAUUGGGCAAGAUCAGGGAGCCAAGCUCACCUCUGUGCCAGAGGACAUUGGGAAACUACAGAGUCUUAAGGAGCUGCAUAUAGAAAACAACCAUCUGGAGUACUUGCCAGUGGCCUUGGGAUCAAUGCCUAACCUGGAAGUUCUUGAUUGCCGCCACAAUCUGCUUAAGCAGCUUCCAGAUGCCAUCUGCCAAGCACAAGCUCUGAGAGAAUUACUACUUGAGAACAACUUGCUCACCCAACUCCCAGAGGAUUUAGAUAGUCUAGUGAAUCUCGACGUUCUGACGCUGAUGGACAAUCCUAUGGAAGAUCCCCCAGAAGAAGUGUACACGGAAGGCAAAGAGGCUAUCUUCGCAUACCUUAAGAAUAAAAGACAUAUGAAAAUAGUAGCAACAAAGAUUCAGUCCUGGUGGCGUGGAAUGAUGGUACUGAAAGGAAUUGGGAAAUUUAGUGAACUGUUAAGAGUGCGAAAGAAAGGAAAGAAUUCUCUAAAAUCUAAGUCAGGAAAGAAGGGUGGAAAAGAAAAACCUGCAAAGGAAAAGAAGAAAUAAUUUUGUAUAUUAAUGACUUGAGGUAAUGAACCCUGAUGGAUUAAGAAGGCAAAAAUAUAUAGGAAUUAGAUGCCCACCACAUUAAAAUUGUUCAUUAAAUUAUG